GUUCAGCGAAUCAGAUAACCCGACUGGGUGAACGUCAGGUUGCGUAAUUAAUAUUCAUGAGACAACCCCUUCUUGCUGGAAACAGGUCUUACACAAGCGUCGACCAGAGUCUGAAAACUAAACUGGUUCACCAUGGACUUCGAUCUGAGCGCAGCUGUUGGAGAUGAUGAGGUGAAGAAGUCGCAGGACAAACAGGUGGAAGGGAUCUUUGGGGUCGGAAAGAAGGAUAAAGACAAAGGAAAGAGCAAAGACAAGAGUCAUGAUAAGGAUAAACACAAAGAACACAAAGAUAAAGAACAUAAAGGCAAAGACAAGAAGAAGAAGAAGGACAAGGAACACAAGAAGAAGAGCGGUGGCAAGUCCUCCUCUUCCUCCAGCGAUUCGGACUGAAGCAAGACUGAAGAUUCAUCAGAUACCUAUAGAAACAUCAUGUAAUAAAAAAAAUAUUUUAUAUAUUUUUUUAAAUGCAAUCAAUCUGUAGUUUUCAUUAAGUGAGCUGUAAUUGCAAACUUCCACAAGGUGGCGCUACUUACAUGUCAAAUCUUCAAUGAAACACUGGACUAAAGAGCACUAUCAGCUAUUUUUGUAAAACUGUUUGCUGGUUUAAUAAAUUUUGAUGUUAGAAAUAUA